AUGUUCUGUCUGAGAGCUUGUGUAGUUUGCGAUGCUAACAGUAGUGCUUUUGUAAGAGAGCGCAGCAGGCGCCCCUACAGCGCCAGGUUCGCGCUCGGCUACGGCUACGGCUACGGCUUCCCCCGCAACGCAGACAACGCUGCACUUUGGGUUAGUUGUCCCAAAUCAACCAGCGGAGUGGUUAACGCGCUGGCCUGCUAG